AUGAAAAGUAGAGGUGAUGUGCCUAUUGAAAAUGUUAAUGUGGAAAAUAAUAGUGAUGAGUCAUUUAAAAAUGAUAAUAUGGAAAAUCAAAAUCAUAAUACUACAAAUAGUGAUGAUGAUCAUUUGAAUAAUUCACUUAAAAAUGAAGAUGUUUUAGAGGAUAAUGAUGAUAAUAAUGCAGAGCAAUCAAACCCAUUUGAACAUUUGCUUGAUAUAUUUGAUCCAAGAAAUUGGGAUGCUCUUGAUUCAAAAAUGAUUGAUUUAUUAGUGUUGAAGGGUCCAAAAAGAGAUUAUUCUGUUAUGAGUGGUUCUAAAACUAAAUUUUCUAGACGAUUCACUGCUAAUUUGUAUACUAGAGUUUUAUCAAAUGGAGAGAAGUGUGAUCAAGAUUGGCUUGUUUAUUCAAAAGUGUAA